AUGCACUGCAGUGCCGCGUUACAGAGCGGGGUCUCUGAGCUGCGGGAGGAGAGCCUGCAGGGCUCCUGGGCAGUUGAGAUUAUUAACAGGUGGUGGAGAGAACAGAUUGCUGCUGCAGAUUCAGUGUCUGAGGGUAGAACUAAACUAGGAUACCCAUGGGCACUUGUCCGGGGCAGCCAGCAGUACCGAGCCCUGACGGUGGCUGAGCUUACGCAGCAGAUGUUUGAUGCUAGGAAUAUGAUGGCAGCUUGUGACCCCCGUCAUGGCCGCUACCUAACGGCGGCUGCCAUUUUCAGGGGUCGCAUGCCCAUGAGGGAGGUGGAUGAACUGUUCAUUCAAAAUAAGAACAGCAGCUACUUCGCUGACUGGCUCCCCAACAACGUCAAAACAGCCGUCUGUGACAUCCCACUCCGGGGGCUAAAAAUGUCAGCCACCUUCACUGGGAACAACACGGCCAUCCAGGAGCUCUUCAAGCGUGUCUCAGAGCAGUUUACAGCAAUGUUCCGGCGCAAGGCCUUCCUCCAUUGGUAUACCGGCGAGGGGAUGGAUGAGAUGGAAUUUACUGGGGUGGAGAGCAACAUGAACGACCUGGUUUCUGAGUAUCAACAGUAUCAGGAUGCCACAGCCGAGCAGGAGGAGUUUGAGGAAUAUGCUGAGGAGGAGGAGGAGGCGGCCUAG